GUGAGGGCUGAACCUCGGAGCAGUUGGUGUUCUUGCGUUACACUGCAGUUUUUUCUGCAAUCACACAGAGAUAGAAAUUGCGGUGACUGGUGCAGCAUUUUUGUCCUCGCAGCUAAACAUCAAGAUGGACGCCGUCCUGCCCUCCGGCUUCGAUCCGGAGCAGCAGAACCAAAAGGUCCACUACGAAAUCACCCAGCGGGUCGUCGACGUGGCCUCGGUUCUAUGAGAGUGCACAACUCCCCCUCCCCUUGCCCUUCAUUUGUAUGGCAUGAACAGCAACACAGAGACCAGUCCAAAUGAAGCCUUUGCAUGACAAGUUGAUGUGCCUAGCGUAGUACUGUUUGGGCUUCCGAGAUUUGUCAUGCAAACCGUGCCACAGCGCAACGAUAGGGCUUCGGAUUUUGCAUUACAAAUGAGGGGAAGGGACGAGAGUUGUGCACUUUCAUAGGUUCACGCCGAGCUCGCGAAGGACAUCCUGCCUCUCAAGGGCGUGAAACGCCUCUAUGGGGUUCUCAAAUCGGUUACCUACUCAACUGUUACAUGAUUUGUCAUGCAAAACUACCAUAAGCCGCCGGAUGAUCAGGCGACUUCGCAUGACAAAUCUCCGAAGGGCUAAACAGCAUCUGAAUCUGUGCCAAAUCUGUGAUGCGAAAGCUGCAAACUUGCCACCUUGACUCUUGCUGUUCUUGCAUUGCAAAUUCAUGUAACAGUUGAGAAUGUAACGAUUUGAGAACGCCAUAGCCUCGUGUCCGACCGUCUCCGCAACCGUCUCGCCGCGCCGUCCGAUCGAAUUUCAUCCCAGCAAUCCAGGAACGCUUCUUACGGCGCAGUUUUGAAGAAGAGCAACAAUCAUCUUCCCAGUACGGUCCAGCGCAUCCAAGCUUUAUCUACGAUAGCGGAUCAUAACGCUGCUGAGGACGGCGGGUUAUUUGUGCCUAGUAGUUCUGGUGCAGCAGCAGUUGGCUCUCCGCGCGCUCUCCAUACCAGAUUCACGGAGCAACAUCUGCUUCAUGAUGGCGACAACUCUACUUUCCACCCCGAUCCACACUAUGACCGGGCGCAGAGCACGGUGCAAGAAAGAAGUGCGGGGGCGACUGCUGCUGCUGCUGGUGGUGUCAUGAUCCACCAGCAAGCUCCUGAAGGGGAAGCGAUGGAAGUAGAGUUAGAGGCCGUCAGUGUGACCAGUGGUACGAACAACCACAAUACCAGUCCGGAAGGAGAGCAGAAUCCUCCCGAGUCUUCGUCUAAGAAAGUGACGAUAUCCGCAGGCGGGCCGGAGGUGAAGGAAAUUUCAUCGCCAGGGGUUGAUGUCGCGGAUGACGCGGGCGUUGGUACUAUCGAUGAGGAGGAGGAUUACCACGGGGGAUUUUCCGAUAUGGCGAGCAGCUUACGCUCGCGGUACCACGGGUCGGGGGUGAUGUUGAACCGGGUCAGGAAUUCUUUAAGCCAGGACGAAAAUAAGCGAGUGAUACAACAUCAUAAUGCUGGUGCAAAAGAUAACACAAAGAUGAACAGUCCCUUCCUCGAGGUACCUGGAGCAGGUGGAGAGCAGAACAAGGGUACCCGUGCGACCGAUCAAGAUCUUCGGCCAACAAGCAGUAGUAACACAAGCGAAACUGCAAAGAGCAAGUCUUUCGGUAGCAGACUUCUGAACAAAGUGACCACGACUUUUUUCGGGGGACGUCGAAGUGAUGAUAAUCCUUCAAAACCGAGAAGAAACGCGGUGAAAGUGAGCACGAAGAUGCACAACUUCGCGUUUCAGGAAGCGUCCGCAAAAAUCAAGCGCUUAGCAGAAUCGGCUUAUUCCAAGGGGCACUACAAACUCGCGGAGCUCGCGUUGAUUCAGCAACGGCACCAGUGGGCGAACGCGAGCAUGAUUUUCAUUCAAACACCCGGGAUUUUCUCCUACAGUACCUCCGCGGACGAAUUCCGGCACGGGGUGCAGAUUUUGUGGAAGUACUUGCGGAGGCGGCUCUUCGCGGUGGUUUACUCCGACGUAGUCGGGUUCUGCUGCUUCUGGUUUUGCUGCGGGUUUUGCAGGAGAAGAAAGGACUCAACAAACAGCAAACCCGUAACACCUACACAGAAUGACGGAAAAACGAGUCAUUUUGACAUGAACGUGGAUCUGCCCCUUACUGGCGACGAGAAGGCGGAAAAUUCUUACCGUGGUACUAGCGGGAUGCAAAACACCAACCGAGUGGAGCAAGAUAAGGAUUCCUUCGCGGCUUUCCAAGAUUUUUUCGAUGGGGUGACGAAUGUUGAUGCGAAUCGCAAGGAAAGGAUGCCGGAGUACAACAAGUACGGCACGAAAUUGAAGUCCAACGAAGCUGACCGCUACAAACGGUCGCGGAAAGCGAAAAUGCACAACAUUCCCUACCAGUCCGAAGCGACAGAGCAUUUAGCGAAUGUCUUACUCAUGACGGCCGUUUGCGUCUCCUUCGCGCUAGUUUCGACGGGGUGCGCGAUUACUUCUCGGACGGAUUCGACGGUGUACACGAUUUGCGAGGAGGGGCACAACUUCAGCAAGAAUCAUGUACCGAAAAUAUUGAUGCCGACUUUACCAGUUUUUCUCCUCGUUUAUGUUCUCGGUCUUUCCUUUUCCCACUUUUGGGACGUGUGGCGGCAGGCGGCGCGGAUUGGAGAGGAGUUCACGGAGACUUUAACCCAGUUUUUGACUUUGACACUGCACGAGCGGAACAUGGUAUCGCGAGAAAAAAGUGUUUCACUGUAACGAUUUUGCAAGUUUUGCAUCACAAGUCUGUCCUACAUGACAGAAAGAAUUUGCCAUGCGAGUUUCCUAAGGGAAAACACGGCGAAAAAGACACCGUCUUGCAUGUGGAGCAGCACAAGCACUCCAGAGAUGCAUUUUUUUUUGCGAUACAUGGUGGCGAAGUACCGAAAGAAAGUGGUUGUCACGGAGAAAAAAUCCGAAAAGACCGAAGGGGACAACAGGAGCCCGAGCAUGUUCCAGCGAUUCAGCAGGGGCCAAGCCAGUGUGAAAACGGAAGCAGGGAUGAAACAAGACGUUCCAACAUCUUCCGCUACAGCUUCGUCCGACGGAACUACAGGUGGAGCAGCUACGAAUACUAAAAUGCAGGAAACGAAAUCGAAAGAAGAGGUGAUUCAGCUGGCGUUUCCAUAUCAAAGAGAAAAAUCCCCCUCCCCAUAUCAAAAUGGAAUUUCUGAUGCUGGAUUUGCGUACACAAAUCAGGCUUGUCUUGCAAUAGAGGACUGCAGGCUCGUAUCACCGCCGUGGUGGAGAGGUUUUGGCCUAGUAGGCGCUCGGCAUGACAAAAGUCCAUGCUGUAGGCCCAACAGCAUCACAAACCGCCUGCAUAAUGCGGGGGGCCUUCUGGGUUUGCCUUCUUGCAAGACAGACACGAUUUGUGACCACAAAGCAGCAUCACAAAUUUCCAACAGUAUACGUCUUCAGUAUGGGGAGGGGGGAUCUUUCCUUACGAUAUUCCAACUUCUGUGGUUUUCUCCGCGGUGGAGCUUGCGCGGUACUUGUCCGUGGUUCUCGUCUUUCUCUUCUACAGUCUAAACCCGGUCACCUACAACAUUGAGCACUACAUUCCGUUCAUUUGUCAACGAUACGGCACGCAGCUGCGGGGAUUGCUAACCGAGUCGGAGUGGAAUACCUUCAUCGUGCCGCAGAUUUUGAUAUCCUGUGCAACAGUAUCGUACUCGUAUUGCAGUCAUGCAUUACAAAUCUUGUUCUCAACGUAAAUCUGCAUUACAGAUUUUAUUUCGCAUGCUGAGGAAAUUUGUAAUGCAUUUAUACGAGUACGAUACUUUUGCAAUGCAUAUUUGAAGUCCAAAAGCCGGAAAUUCGUCAUCCACGAAAACACGUUCCACGGGAAAAUCUCCGACUAUGUGGACGCACAGGCGUUUGGCAGGAAGAUGAUGAGCUACGCGACCGAGAUGGCCUUGGACGUCAUUCUCCACAGCCGCGCACUUGGUUACGUCGCGGACGCGCCAAUUGCAGCUUUCAACAUCAAGACCUGGCAGGAUAUUGUGUCCUCGAAGAACCAAAUGGUGGCGAGGCAAAUGAAAUUGAUGCCGCACAUGCUCCACCGGACCUUGUGGCUGAUGAUGCUGGUGGUGUUUUUCGUGGAAUUCAUCGAGAAAUCCACGUUUCUCGGCAUCCGGAUGCGGCAAAUCCUCCAUUCGCCGGGGAACAACGUUUUAGAGGUUGGAAAACUCCGGUCACCACUCUCCCCCCCGGCGACGUCGGAAUCUGCUUUGGUGGAUUUAUCGGCGCCGAGCGUGACGUUUGAUGACGAUUGGAGCCAGGACUACGGGCGGAAAAUUGCGUGCGCAGUUUUGGGCGUUUUUGCCGGGUUGAUGUACGUGAUUCUGUGCACCUUUUUCCACCGAUUGAUGGGCCUGGCCGUGGACAUGUUGGACCCGAUCGCCGCGGAUCCGGAUUCUGUCCCGGUGUUGCCGAUCAUUGACGAGUUGGUACAGGGCAUGUACGACCGGGUGAUUCGACGAAUCGUGACGGUGACUUUACGACACGCGGCGUUCCUCCAUUCGGUGGAGGAGCGGGAACAGGAAAAGGAGUUGUUAAAACGGUUCGACAGUAACCAACUCGCGUCCCCGACUUCCGGCGAACAAACUAGUGACCCUAUUACAGUGAAAAGUGCCCCCCACCCCCAAAGUUGCAAAAAUUUGUGAUGCGAAGUGUCCAAAUGAAAACUUUUUGUCAUGCAUGAAAGGAGUAUGAAUCUUUCUGAUGCAGAUUCUAGUCGUGUUUUGCAUCGCUUGCAUGACAAGCACCGCUCUUGCUGGGAUCUUUUGCAAUACAAACUUUUGCUAUUCACACUCGGAAAUCUGUGAUGCUGAUACAUGCAAGAGGGCGAGUGUUUCAUUUGGAAAGGUUUGCAAUACAAAUGCUUUCAAGUUCGGGGGUGGGGGCAUUUUUCAUUGUAAUAGACCCGUUCGAUUUCAAGGACGAAACGCAAACUUCGAAACAGAUCAUCAUAUCAAAUGCAAAAAUGUCUGGGUCUGGAAGAAUGCAGCCUGUGAUGCUGCAUUUGAAUUCCAAAAAAAUCUGUAUUGCUAUUGCAUGAGCAGCAAAGGGAACGCAUUUUUUGCUACGCGGAGAGGGCAUUUGUCAUGCCGAAUAGGCAUCAAGAAGCCCUCAAAAAAUCUGUGAUGCUAGGGCAUGCAUCACAGACAUCAUGGCUCACGCAACACGUGCAUGGCAAGUCUAAGAAUCUUCCAGACCCAGACACUUUUACAGUUGAUACAUCACGCCCCGGCAUAACAUGUUCCACCACCGGGAUUCCAUCGUCCUAUCCACAGUAAUUUUCCCGUACACGUACAAAUACGGUCUCUGCAUGACAAAACGGGCUUCGCUCCUAGUUUUGCAUGACAAGUGUUCACAACGCUCCAAAUCACUGAAAUUUGUGAUGCAUCUUGUACAUGUGCGGGAAAUUUGUAUUGCAUACCUCCACGGGAGAUUCACCAUCUUCGCACAGCAACGGAACAUCCGGGAGGGCGAGUUUGAUCAUUUCAGCCAGACGCCGUAUGACAGUGCACAAUUUUCCCUCCCCCUCAUUUGUCAUGCAAAAGCCCGAUUCCAGUUGCUACCUUGCGGCACCGCGUGCAUGACAAAUUUCGAACUCCAAGCAGUGCUACACUCGGCGCAUGAACUUGUCAUGCACGGGGUCCACCUGUACUGAUGUUUGUCAUGCUGUUGAUGCCAUACAAAUGAGGGAGAGUCGUGGGGGUUGUGCACUUUCAUACGCCCCAGAGCUCGCACACCAGUUUACGAAAGAAAUUGCUGAUGAAACAACAGGACCUGCACAUGUGGUCUCCGUCGAAUCCGCAAGUGUUUUCAUCUAGCGGGAGUCAGGAGAAUCUGCUGGGAGGACAGCAGGAACAAACCAGCAAGAACGCAGCAGUACAUCAACCAGCGCCGCGCGGUAAUGAGCGGGAAUACGGUACGCUUAUGACGAUGAACGACGCUGUAGGCGAUGUCGUGGAGGCGGAGAGACAGGCGGUGAUGAUGAUCUUGCCCUAUUUGGAUAGAAUUGAUCCGGAAGUGGUGGCGUGGUGUCAAGAUAUCUUGACGGGACACGGGGAAGAUUGAGUUGUGGGGGAUGGAAAUAGUGUCAUUUUUUCAUCUCCUCAGUGUAGAUACUGAACUGGAUAUUUGGUUUCCGCGAGUAUUUCGCCGCCGACAAAUUUGCUUUCAGAACAAAGCUGGAGUAUACUUUGACUUUUUCUUUAGACCAGUACUUGAACGAAACAAAACUGAACUAGAAAACCUGUGAGAAUAUUAUGCGACGCUCCUAAGGCGGAAACGCACGGCCAAAGCAGCCGGCUGCCAGCUUAAGAGCUCGGAAGAAAAGGCGAUGUUGUAUUUCACGUUUUUUUCACCUUCACGGUGCCAUUGCAGAACUUCUUUCCUAUUAUGAUCGCCAUGGGCUUUACCGUUACACUAGUGUUGCUUUCGCUUUCGAUUAGCGUCUUUCCAAGAAAUUAUGCAGCUUGUAUUGCCACAGCGAAAAACAGAAAUUUAGAACAAAAAAAAACUGCUUCUGACAUUGGCGGUGAUAGAGUGAGUGCGUGGGUUGGCAAUAUUUAUACUUAAGGGAGACCACUGAAAAAAUUGAAUGACGCAAGGAAGAAGUUGUACUUUAUCGCAAGCCAGGAGCCUGGUUUUUCCAUCUAAU